CUCGCGCUUGCUGCAUGCCCGCGGCUCUCGCCGGGGAUGGAGAAGGAGGCGGGCGAGGAAGCCCGCUGGCUCGCCCCGGCCGGCAGCAGCUGCAGCAGCGGCCACACCACCACCACCACCAGCAACAGGAGUCCCGCGGCCACUGCCUCCCUCCCUCCCUCCCUUCCUUCCUUCCUUCGCCGGAUUGCAUCUGGCUGCAUCUCCAGGUGGCUGGCCUGGCACCUUAUACUUCAUAGAAUGAUAUACUAGCUGCUGCAGAAGAGGGAUUUUGCUUUCUGUCACAAGGAGCCCCAGAAAAAGCUGCCAGCUUCAGCUCUUCCUCCUGGUGCUCUUCUGCUCAGCCCAGCAAGCACUGGUGGCAUAUCCUGAGUAAUGCAAACAUACUGGCUGUAGCAUGGGGAUGUGUGUGUAGACUUGCGCAUCCAUAUGGACACACGCAGAAGGCCGGACUGCACUGGUGCCAUGUCGUCUUUUGGAAAGCUUACAGAAUACUUCAGCCUAAGGAAGUCAAGGAACGAAUUCCGAUCUGACCGGCGGAGUAGCAGGAGGAGUGGCAGCUACUGCUGUAGUAUCACCGAAUGCAGGUCACUAGACCGAAAGCCACAGAGACCUGUGUUAGGAAAGUCACGGACUCUUCCAAGCAUUCCACAAUCGCCUGUUGUAAGCCGUGUUCCUCUUCUGGAUUCAAAAUUGUACAGGGAAGAUAUGCCAGAACAGAAGCAAUACAGGAAUCAUACUGCCCCUGAUUGUCAGAAAGGGUGCACAGUGCCCUCUACUGGGGAGGCAUGGCAGCUGGAAGAUGACUGCCCUGAACCCGUGAGGGAUCCCGCCCUUCAGCCAAGGCUGUGCACUGCCAUGGAUGAGGCACCCUUCCGCUCUUUCAGAGCCCGAUCCUUCUACAUGAGAAAAAGCCUUUCUGUGGACAACCAUCUCGGCUCUCUCAGCUAUUCACUCCAUCCCACAGAAACCAAGACAGAACGGGUCAAAACCAAACUUCGGAGGCAAUUUAGCCUUGGAUCAGCGGACAAAAAGGACUUGUACCCAUCAAAGUCUGAGAGCAGCCUCUCUAAGUUCACGCAGCGGUUAUCAGUUAAACAGAAGCAGGAGAAGAGGAGGAAAGCGGAGUAUGGCUCCACUGAGCUGCCUGCCUUGCGUCCCAGGUCCCUGAGCAUUGAGUGGUCUUCUUCACCUAAAAUGACACAGCAAAUGAGAGACCUGCAAUUGGCCCAGUCUAGGAAGCAGCCGGGACCCUCUUCUCCAAAUGCUGCUAAGAGGCUCUACCGGAACCUCUCCGGGAAAUUCCGGGUUAACUACAUGUCAUUUGAUGAGGGGAGCUUAGCAGGGAGAAGCGAGAAGGAAAAGCUGCGCAAGUCCUACCUCUUCCAAGGCAAUGCCGCCCUCUUCGAGGCUGUGGAGCUGCAGGACCUCGAUAAGGUGCAGGAGCUACUCAAGCAGUAUAGCCUGGAGGAGUUGGACCUCAACACCCCAAACAGCGAGGGUCUUCUGCCACUGGAUAUUGCCAUCAUGACCAACAAUGCACCCAUCGCCAAGACUCUCUUGCUGGCCGGAGCCAAGGAGAGCCCACACUUUGUGAGCCUGGAGAGCCGGUCCUUGCACCUGUCGACCCUGGUCCGGGAAGCCGAGCAGCGGGUCAAUGACCUCACCGCCCAGGUGGUGAACGAGGUACCCAGCGCAGACUGCUCCGAGAAGGAGAAGCAGCUGAAAGCCUGGGAGUGGCGCUAUCGGCUUUACAAGCGCAUGAAUGCCGGAUUUGAGCAUGCCCGGGUGCCAGAUCCACCUACAAAGGUGCACCUCUCCGUGGCCAGCAGCACUUCCGUGGACGUUUCCUUCCAGGAGCCUCUAAGCGUCAAUUCAGCUGUCGUCACCAAAUACAAAGUUGAGUGGAGCUGCUCCCCUACCUUCUCCCCACCACUGGGCAAGGUGCUGAUCGACAAGCUGAGAAACCUCCAUGUCACCAUCCAUGGCCUCGUCUCGGGUACUGCUUACUAUGUCCAGGUGUCCGCCUACAACAUGAAGGGCUGGGGACCUCCACAAACAUCAACACCGCCUUUUGCUAUUCCCUCAAACUGGAGAGAAUACGAUGGGCGAGCACCGCGGCGAAGGGGACAGGCUGAAGCUUUGGACCAUCUCCUCAGCCAGAUCAAGACUGUGCACCAGCACUGUGUGUGCCACGAAUCCUGCAAGAAUCAGCCGCAAAGCAGGAAGCACUCUGUUUCCAAGAGCCUCAAGUAUCUCUUCCAUCCUGGCAGCAAGUUCCUAAAGACACUGAAGAGGGGCCUGUAUCUAGCAUCAAUAUUUUACAAGGACGACAACAUAUUGGUGACGCAUGAGGAUCAGAUCCCUGUGGUAGAGAUUGAUGACACCUAUUCCUGCCUGCUCAUGCAGGACUUCCUCUGGUUCACCAAGGUCUCAUGCAUGUGGGAUGAAAUCUUGUGGCUGCGCCAGUGUGUGACCGUCUCCCAGUCGUCCUGCUCCUGCAUUCUGCAAACACGUUUCAAGAUGCUGCUGGCCAUCGCACAGAUGCAGGGUCUGCUGGGAAUCCAAGACCUGGGGCAGGUCUUUUUUGAGCCCAUCAAAGACAAGCAGGGCAACAUUGUGGUUGUGACCCUGAAGGAGGUGAAGACAAGCCAGACGUUUGAAAGUGUCCGCUGGAUCCCCCUCUCGAAGCUGCAGACCAGCCGCAAGUCCGUCUCCUCUCCAGAAGAGCCCACAGCUCUGGAUGUGUUGCUGAUGACCAUGCAGGACAAGCUGGCUUACCACCAGAGAAGCAGCCAGGCUCUCCCUCCGGGUCUUUACUUGGGAUACCUGAAGCUCUGCAGUGCCGUCGACCAGAUCCGAGUGCUGGUGCCCGAACGGUUACCCAACAUCUUAUGCCAUGUGAAAAUACGGUGCAACCCAAACAUCUCCAGGGAGGAAUGGGAGUGGCUGCAGAAUCUGGCCAGCAUGGAGGAACCCAUUCCAGCAGAGCAAGAUCUAGAGAAUACCCAGAACCUCCUGCUUCAGGAACUCCAAGGUGCAAUCAAAGAGCUGAUGAAGCUGCUCAACAUUCCACUGCAUGAGGCCAAAGAUUUCCGUUUGUACAGUCAGGAAGUUCUGGACUUUGGAGGACAGGUCUCCUUUCUCCUGCUUCUGCCUCCUUCUGAUGAUGUGUGCACAGCCCCUGGCCAGAACAACCCUUACACGCCUCGGUCUGGCUUCCUCACACUUCCGCUUCAGAUCUUUGAGCUAGUUCAUUUUUUCACCUACGACUGUGAGUUCAUCAGUCAGUACUGCCAAGUGUCGGCACUCUUGGAGCUGGAGUCGCUUCUCUCCCAACAGAGCCUCAGGGAGGCCUUCUCGGACUCGGAGCUGACCACUGCCAAGCAGAGGCACCAGCAAAUUCAGGACUAUAUGCAGCAAAUGGAAGAGAUUUGGAGGGAAAUGCGUUGGAUGAUGGAUGCACUGCAGCAUGCCCGGUACAAGCAGCCGUCUUGUGGCAUCCCACUCAUGUGGUUCCUUGAGGAAUCUAGCAUUGCACUGAAGGAGAAAACGCAGUCAACUUCUUCCCACUUGGACUUCUUUCCCUCACCGACCCCGUCUCCUGAAACAAGCCGCAAGCUCAACUCUGAUUCACACGGCCUCUCCGACGAGGAGGGCUCGUCGGAGGUCUUCUUGGCAACAGACAGCGACUACGACUCCAGCCGGGCUCAGAGCCCAAGGGAGCUGGACCUCAUCUACUCCUCUUCGGGGCCCGAAUGCUGUGGCCGGAGAAACCCUCGCCCUUUGAGGGACAGCGCCCCCGACGUCUUGCAGAGUCACGAGCUGAAGACUCCCCCCGUCCCUCCCGAGGAGCCACGGCCUCCCCCAGAGCUUUAUGACAGCGACUUUGUGCUGCCCAGCCGGCAAAUAGAGCUCCUGCGCAUCACGGAGAAGCGGCAGGCCUACUGCGUCCGCACCAGCAGCCUGGAUUUCCCGAAGCCCUUCUGCCACGGUGCCCGGAAGUCCUGCCCGGGCUCAGUCGACAGCUCUCCAACAGAAAGCCGGACUGCAGGCCGUUGCAGCCCAGUCAAGUUUGGGACAGGCUUGGCCUUCAGCCCCAAGCACAGCUGGCCCGCCGAGAGCUCCGAGCCGGUCUUUCGGACACGUUCAGUGGAGUGGACUCGGACUUUCCAAGAGACACCUGAGCUGGGACAUGUAACAAAUCGGGGCAAAUCGUCCGGCUCCUUUGCUUUGCGUGUGUGCCCGCAGUACGAAACGGGACUCUCCAAAGAGACCAGCGUCAAGCUUCACAUCACUAACAAGAUGUCUGCAGAAGAUGUGGUGAAGCUGGUGGUGCAAGAGAUGAACGAGGUCUCGCGCAAUGUCCUGGGGAAUGCAGAUGCGUACUGCUAUAGUGAAGAACAAUUGGGCCACUUUGGACUAGUGUUUGUGUCCGACGAUGUCGAGCAGUGGCUGCCAAAUGACUUCCUGCCCCUCUCACUCCACAAAGCAUGGCCUGAUGGGAGGUUCUAUGUUCGGAUCAAAGAGACCUCCCCCCUCUUGUUUCAGUAUGGACCAGCAACAACUGUAUGAGGGUCGGGGAGGGGAUGGCGGGAACAGAAGGGGAAGUCAAGAACAUCCAGCUUCCAGAGAGCAGACGCUCAUCAUCAAUGCUUCCUUCUUGACAUUUUUGCGCCAAAUACCAUGGGCCAAAACAGGAGCAUACUGGGCAGUGUGUUGCGUGUGUGUGUGUGUGUGUGUGUGUGUGUGUGUGUGUGUGUGUGUGUUUUAUUUUAACCAAAGAGACAUCAAGACUUGGUUGUUAUGACUGAAAGAAGUGAGGGUGGAGCACAGGAGCCUUUGGGAAUGUGGAAUUAAAUUGCUGAAAGACACUUCCAGCAAGGAGAAGAGCCGGUUGGGGACAAAGAAGCAAUACAUAAUUAUAUUUUUCAUUCUGAAAAUUGAAGGAGGGGAGGGAGGGGUGUGUCAUUGAAGGAAAAGCCAUCAAGGUUCCAACCAUGGUGGGCUCAAACAUGGGCUGGUGGCGGGGGCAUAAGGAAUUCACAAAGACUUCAUGUCCUGUUAUCUGUUCUUGUUUCACUGUAUCUGGAUAAAUAGGAAACUGCACAUAGUUCUUUGAACAUAUGUUUUUCUUUACUUAAGUUCACCCUGGAUAUAUGCAUUACAAUACUGCAGAAGAUGUUCAAGCUAUGUGGGAGUCAAAAGAGCUUUCUUCCCAGGAAUCCAGAGUCCAGACUCUGCAUCUGGGAUAAAAACCUCUACUCCUGCUAGAAAGAAACCUUGACCUCAUCAGGAGAAGGAAUUCCCUGUCUUCUGGGCUGGACACAGAAGUCCAUAAUUUCCUAUACAGAAUGUAGGUACUUGUGGUUUUAUCCAGUUCUCACUUUGACCUAGGGUUCCCCUGACAGUCUCAGAGCUGGGUGCUCUUAAGGAUUUGUGUAUCUUUCAAAAGGAUAAGGUGGUACUCGGGCCAAACCUUGCUCUUAUUAAUUUAUUUAUACACCAUCCAUGUACACGGCACCUUACAGAGUUGCAUAAAUAGCACAGAUAUCUACUGUUGUAAUCUCAAAAGCAGGGAAUCUCAAAAUUACUGUAGGGACGACGGAAGAUUGCGGGCAAAUUGUGGACCAGUAGGCUUGGUUCCAGAUGGGAAUGUGGUUUGCUAUGCUCAUGGACACCUUCUUGAAAUCGUAGUCCUGGGCGAGAGGAGGCUCUCUUCAUGCCCUCCGUAGGCAAGAAAAGUAUUCAGGGUACUUUUGUUUGGCUAGCAUAAGGAUCACACUUCUAAGUCGUGACGAUUGCUCAUUCCAUGAGAGCAGCGGCUCUCACUGCAGGAUUCUGGGACUGACCUCCCUUGAAGGUCAACAGGACUUCAACCUGGGCAUUUGUGUUGAAGUGUAUAUUCUGUCCCCAGCAGAAGUUGCCAGGGGACAGAGGGUUCUGCAAAUCGUGCUAGCUUCCUCAUGUGCACCAGACACCAACCCAGAGGUUCUCAAUUUUCUGCAUCCAGAUAAAAGGAAGGGCCUCUGUAUUCCUGGGGGAGAGAGGGAAACUGUACUUGCCAUACAUUCCCAUUCUUGUCAGUGCAGAUAGGCAAAUCUAGCCACCCAGCUUUAAGUGUUUCAGCUGGUGCACAUGCACAGGCAUACGAAGGGGAAGUUGGCAGAGCCCUGCAAGGGUGCUUUGUCUCUUCCUCUUCUUUUUGUUUGUUAUAGGCUCUUUGUUUGCUAUCGUCAUGGCUAGAUGUUUUCCCCUCCAGUCCACCCUACUUGUUCCCAGUGAUGGAGACUGUUUCCUGCUCUAGCAGUUCUGGUCUGGGAAGGCAAGCAGCUCCUCCCCCUAGUGAGGUUAAAGGUUGGCCUGUGUCUUCCUAUCGGGAGGUGCUAUUCCAGAUACAGAGAAUAUUCUUUUCCUUUCCUUUCCUUCUCUGGGUUGCUGUUUUGUUCCUGUGACUGUGAUUGGUUGCUCUUGUACAUCCAAUAGCAUGAUGUUUUGUUGGCCACUGGGUCUCUUUGUUAGCUGCAACUAUUAUCAGAACUGUGGUCCGUAGUAAAGACAGCUGUGCUGCUGAGAGUGA